AUGGAAUCAGGAAAUAAUGCGGACAAUUGUCGGUGUCACAACAAUCCACAAAAAUGUGAACCCGAACCGCCUAAAGUUGAGAAGUGUUGUCCUUGUCCUUGCCCAGUAGAUAAAUGUAAAUUGACUCUGCAAACCGUCAAAAAGUUGGUCGAGGCUGAAAAUAAGGACAUUGAACUUUCCGAACUUCUAAACGGUAUUACAAUAUUGGACGAACGCAGACCUAAGAAGAAAAUAAUCAAUAUGUACGACGCCACGUCCAAAAACUCUAGGGAAGAAAACGAAAAUUAUGUAGAUCCACAGUACUUAGCGUACAUCAUGAGAUCGAUCGAAAACGGGUUGAGUAUGAAGACCGACCCGAUCGAGGUAUACGAACACUUGUUCUCCAAAGGUAACCUCGAGGCACCACUCGUAGCACUCGGUCCUGUCGCGUCCAUGUCCAAUGAGAAUUUGGUCAUCCCUAUUUCGCCUCCGACCAUUGUCAACGUAAAGGAUCCGGAAAUGGAGAAAGGCGCGCGUUUGGAGAGCAUUAAUCCCAAGCUGAACGUGAUCACGGUGGAAGCAUCAGACAUGGAAUUUACGGACGAUCUGCGUGUGCUGUUGGGUGGAGGUUCGUUGGACCCACAGUCGACCCUGCCUGAUGAAGCCGAUGCGCUUAAGCGCAACAUGAUGUUGGAAACCCGAGCACCUGUUGAGUCGGCGGCCGUGCUCAGAGGAUCCACACCUCCCAUUUGGUUUCCGGGCUAUAACGUGGCGUUGCCGAACACCGCUCACCCAACCGUGAUGAAAGACCCGGAAGUCGUUUUGGACGAAGCAUGGUUCCAGAGUCAACCACUGUCACUGAAACUGGAAGAGAAAGGCGCCAAACUUAUCGGAUCUUAA